AUGUUAUGGAUGGAAACAUAUCUCUUCUAUUGUUCGGUGCGCCUAGGUCUGCUUGUGGUGGUAGUACUCAGCUUUAUGCAAGUAUUUAUACCAACAGUUUUGCUGCUUUCUAUGGGCAUGGAGAUAGUGAAUCCAAUCAUGAAGCUUUUCAGAGACGAUGAGCAAUUUGGCAAAAAUAUUUACAUAUUGAAAAUUUUAAACUGGAUAGAUAACCAUGUUCAAGGUUUCAUUGCUUUCUUUGUGACCCUGAUGGUCUUCUACUUGACUGGUUGCGGCUUGGCGAUAUUCGGAGCGUUGAAGCUUAAAAAAUGGUUUCUGCUUCCUUUUAUUAUUGCUGACUUUUUACGUGUGAUCACCGGCUUUGCCUCACAUAUUAUAUUCAUGAUAAUUUUGAAAAAGAAACUCAAUUUGGGAUUUCUGAUAGUUGUCACUUUAGCUGGUGGCUUUAUAAUCUUAUACCUCGGCUACAAUUGGGCCACGAGUGUUGCGCUCUUUCAAAUCAUCGAACUCAUACACACUGAACGCUAUCGCAAGCUCUACGGGGAUGAUCCCUUCCAUCCACAAUUACCACCAAACUAUACUUACGCCUCACUACUACCGGCACCGCAGGGUUACGGUACAGUGGAGAAUGUACGUGUGCUGGUCACACCACGUAGCGGCGAUGUUGACGAGCAAAAACUGCGUCAAACUCAACGUGAACCGGUGAACGCCGCCGAAAUGCCAGUGAUUGCUGUUUUGCCAGCGAAUUAUAAUAAUAGUAAUGCACGAGUUGUACAAAAUAAGCAGCUAAGGAAGCUACAACAACAACCAUAUAGUUCCUACGAAGAGCAACAGAAUGAUUACAAUGCCGACUUCGGCAAUUGGCAAUGGUCCGAGUUGAUGGUUGGCAGGCAACGCAAGGCGAUGAUUAGGCGCAACUGGUGAAAUGAGAAAUAGGGACUAUGAGUGGGAUAGAGAGAAAGAGGAAAGGAAAGUUCAAGAGAGAAACCCACAAGAGAGAAUAAAAAAGAAAAAGAGAAA